GAGCGCGAUCCGAGCGGCAGCGGCAUUGCGGGGAAAAUGGUGAAUGUGAUCAGGGCAUGGCGAAGGACUGUCUCGUGUUGGGCAACCUACCUAGUUCGCACGAAGCACGAGCAGGAAGAAUGAUGAAAAUGGGAGGCGCUGAAAACGGGAGAAGCCUUCACAUGUGCUUACCUCAAGGACGAGCGCCGGGGUCCACAAACCCAUUGACUGGUGGCAUUCCACCGACCGGUGGUGAUCACGAUGUUGAAGAUGCUUCAUCUCCUGCGUUGGGUGGUGGCCAUGUUGACAAUGUGCAUGAUCCUCUUGUGUGGAAGACUCUGAGGAACGAGGAGAAGAGCUGGGCUCUAGUGGAGAAGAAGAGCGAUAUCGUAUGCAAUCUUCUUGAUAAGGAAACGCAGGGAGAGCAGCAGCGGCAGCACCAGGUGAAACAGCUGCGAAAGACCAGUUUGCGUUGUUAUCCUCCGCUGCAUGGUCAGCAGUUCACAUACGAGCCGCUGCACGAGUUGUCCCCGAAAAUCCAGCGGCUUCCUAGCACUGAUCGCGCAUUGACUUGUGAUAAAGUACUGAGCGAUCUCGACAUGGAAGAGAUGAUGCGUGCGGAGUGUGCGGCCAACACGGCGUUUUCAGGGCGGUUGAUACGGCAUUUGGGCGGGGAUGAAGAGUCCUGUCCGGCGUGGGGAGCAGGGCUCCCGUCGGAGCAUUUUCACCGCCUUUCGCAGUGGCGUUCAAAGGAAGAAACGGGAGGGAGUUCGUGCGAGGAAGGCGGGUUUUACGGUGAUGACGAUGGCGGAGGGGGCUUCGGAUGCGCAGCCGCAGCCUCGUCUGCCGCAUGUGCUUCGACGAUGCCUGCUCCUGCUCUUGCUCCUACUCCUGCUUGGCACAGGCGAUCGUCCAAUCUGUCCGGGGAGGAUAUGGGACAGCUGCAGCAGAAGGUGAAGCUGAUGUGUCGUUUCGGCGGACAGAUUCGCUCGACUGGACUGGACAAUCGGCUUACGUACGUUGGGGGCGACACGCGGAUCCAGACCGUCAAUCGUGACGUGUCCUAUGCGGAGCUGAUGAAGAAGCUCACCGACUUUUACGGGCAGCCGCUGAUACUAAAGUAUCAAUUGUCGAACGAAGGUCUGGAUACCCUCGUUACGGUUUCCUGCGAGGAGGACCUGGUCAAUAUGAUGGAGGAGUACGACGCGGAAGUACGAUCGGAGAGGACGGGCGCCAGGCUGAAAGUGUUCCUCUUCCCUGCGUCUGAAUGGGACUUGAUGCCGUUGCCUGCGCCGCCGGUACCGCUGGGGAGGGGCCGCGUUGCACAUGCCCUGAUAGCUCAUCCCCCCUCUCCUCGGCCAGCUGCUUCGGUGUCUGGCGCAUCACUGGGGGCUACCCAAUCUCAUGCUGCAUUAGCUUAUGAAUACGGAGGUGGUGCAGGAGGUGCGGAUCACCACACGUAUGACAUGGUAGAAGCUCAAGUCCAACUGAUGGGAGAGGGGGGUGCCGGUCAACAGCAUCACCAUCUUCAGCAUUACCAGAACCAGCAACAGCAACAGGUGAAGGAGGUUCUGGGGUAUGUGGAGUCCCCUCGCGUACGACCGUCUUUGGAUCGCUCUGUUUUGGACGGCGCCCUGGCUAACGUAGGGGAGGCUCCCGGCAAUUGCAAUGCGGCUUCUAGUCAGCCACAAAUGGAAGGUCCUGUUGCUGGAGGAGGGGGUGCAGUGGUUGCUGGUCCAGGACAGUACCAUCACGAUCAUUCGCCUUAUCAGCAGCAUCCUGUUGUCUCGCCCUUGGUAUCCUCAUCUCCUCGCCAUCCGCAGCAGCAACACCACCCUGCAGUUCAUCUCCUCGUCGAGCAGCAGCAGCAGCAGCAGCAGCAGCAGGAGCAGCAGAGCGAACAACAGCAAGAGCAGCAGCAUACUCAUCAAGUGGCCCAUCACGCUGGCAAAGGGGCGCCGCCGCUGGGUGCUUUAUUGAAUUUCGAUCACUUCAAGAAAACCCAGUAUUUGUUGCUAACUGGGCCUACAUCUCAAGCGGCGUCUGCACCGCUGCACACAGGCUCGAUUCAGUCGCCACCGUAUCACUCGCACGUGAUGUCUCCGGGCAGAUCGGGGAGGUCUCAGCAGCCACUGCAGUCGGGUUCGGUGCAGGCUGCAAGCUCUCCACGUGCGACCUUCUCAGCAGUCAAGAACGGGGUGCAGGGGAAUGACGAGGCAGGAGGUGGAGCGGUGGUGGGAGUAGGGGGGCGUUCGGAGGCAGAGAUAUACGCCGGUCGAGCUGACGUUAAUUGUGAUGCUGCCAUGAACAGGCCUUUAGUUGGCGCUGGCCACCUGCGGACGGUGGGGAAUUGCUCCUCUCCCAGGGAGCAGAAACAACAGGAAGGCGGGGGGGGUUCUCCUUAUGGCGCGUUGAUGCAACCUCCAGGCCUGACGAUGGAUGCCGCUUGUUGCUCUCCUUGCCAUCGUGCACUUGGAGGUGGAGUUGGAGAUGGCGGAAUGGUUGUUCCCGCUCCUGCCUCCCAGCACAUAGCUGCUCAAGGUUUUGAAAUUCCGCAAGAUCCGACCUCGCCGCUCGUCAGGCGCAUAGAUGGAAGGGGGGGGGCAGCGGACUCGAACCUUAACACUAUGGGGGCGACAUGGCGCGCGGAGGCAGCGGAGGUGUUUGUGUCUGCGCAAUCCCCACGGGGGGGGGGUGGACUCGCUGGGGUGGAGAGGUCUCGACAGCAGGAGUCAUUGUACGCGUGGAGUAGAGGGAUGGACUUGCAGCAGCAGCAGCAGCAGCAGCAGCAGAAUCGGUCCGAGCUGGCAGGCGCAGGAGGAGUCGCAAUUGAUGGCGGAAUGGUGGCUGAGAGAGUUGGUGGCGGGGUGAUAUCUGUCCACAGUCCAUCCCAAGGCGGAACCCCCCCCGAUCCGUUUGCGAGGGGUGAUCUUCAUUUCCAUCAACCCCAGAAUCAGCAGCAGCCGCAGCGAGUUCUUGAAAGUCAUGGAGAGCCACAGCCGAUUUCGGCUCGCUUAGAUCAGCCGCAGCAACCGUCGCAGCAGCAUUCGGCUUACGCUCACGUACUGCAAGGCCAGUAUGUCCCGCAGCAGGCUUUUCACGGGGUGCCAUCGAAGCUCGGCUAUCGUGUUGAGCAUCAGGGAGGUGGAGGAGGAGGAGGAGGAGGAGGAGGGCACACGAUUGCAUGUUCAGCUCCGUCUUCUCCGCGGUUUCCGACUCGCCAAGUGCUUCCUCAGCAGCAGCAGCAGCAGCAGCCUGCAUUUCGCGGCUCGCCGCCGCAGCACGAGCCGCACCUGCGGAUGAUGUGCGAGGAGCUGGCCAUACAAACGGCGUGUGGCAGGGUUCCGCAGCAGCAGGGGUAUUUGUCAGCCUCCCCGCCGCGGGACUUUGGGCCUCACCAGAGGCUAGCUGAGGAUUCCAACGGCAGUUUGUAUGGGCCCCGAUAUCAGCACUUGGCGGGAUUGCACCAUCAGCAGAAGAUGGGAUCGUCGCCCUUGAGCUAUGAAGCGGCGCCUCGAGUGGCGGACCGUGGUUUGGUUCAUCCUGAAAAACAAGAUCAUCGUGGCCACGCCUACAGCGGCGAUGGCGGGGACUACAUGUCGUUUGCUUUUGGCGGGCCCCUCGUGGGGCCAUCAUUGUCCAAUCAACACCAACUCCAGCAGCAGCAUCAGCAGGAGCAGUCAGGUGCCCAUGGGACACCUCGUGGACGGUAUGGAUCGCCCAUGUAUCAUUAUCAGGAACGUCUAUUUGAGCAGCAGACGGGUGACCAGGCGGCGUCAGUAUUACUGGCCGGGGGAGGGGGGUUUAUGGCAGUACAUAACGACACGACGGUUGGGGUGGGAGCGGCAGCAGCUGGUGGAGGUGGUGCUGGGACCAAACCAGAAGGGGAUGGCGGGGGAAUUGCCGCAGAGGUGAAACACACGUGGCCUGGAGACGAUAACGUGAACCGGGAAGAGCCUCUCAAACGACUACCGGAGCGGGCAACAAUCGUGCGGAGGCCUCUCAGACUGCCGGAGGAUAGAGAAGCGUUCUUGGCGGUUCCGGAUUACUUGACGGGCAAUCACAGAGGGGUAGGGGGAGGGAGCGACGACGAGAACUCGCUCAGCUAUUAUACUCGUGGAGGGGCUAUGCAGGAAGGAAUUAGCGCGCCUCGUGGGCUGACAGUUUACGGGGAAGGGGCGGAAAUAGCAGCGGAAGGCGGAGGAUAUAACGAACAAGGGGGAGGAAGAGGAGGAGGAGGGGGAUGCCUUAGCCAUGAUGUUCCCAAUAGUGCAUGGGGCGCGUUCAUUGCAAGGGGAGCCAGGGGUAGCGAUGGUGAUUUGACAAGUUUGGCAGAGCGCGCCGAUUGCAGUGGUGGUAGCAGUUCCGCUUCGUCCCCUGGACUGGCUGGCGUGGGUCAGCAUCAGGCACAGGCACCCAUCGCGGGGAUCCACUUGCCUCAGGGGUAUGUGGCUCAAGGCAAUCAGCACGUGGUGUAUGGUUGCCAUCUCGGGACUGGAGUCGUCGUCGCAGGCAGCAUGCGGACUGAAGCCGGAGACUCCGGCUCGGGCUUAAUCAGCGGGCAAGGAGCGGGGGGCAUUUCAGUUGAUGAUGCUGUCGCCUCCUCGCGAGUGCACUCUUCACAGUGUGACCGACCUGACGUGGGAGGAGGACACGUGGAGGGCUAUGACAUCGAAACGGGUUUUGUCGGGGAGCGUCUGGCGACUACGAUUGGAUCGGAGGGCGAAGGAAACUCGCCUGCGUAUGUGACGUUGAGAGGAACCUCGUUGGACCUGCAUUCUGUCAGCGCGUGCUCUCAAGGCGUCAAUGUGCUGGAUGAUGCGGCGGGAGGGUCCUCGGUUUCGGACGAGAAGGACGACAUCAAUACGCUGAUCGUGGGAAGCGCGGAUGGUGUUGAGCUGGGGGAGAAGGGGGUGAGGUCACCGGUUUGUGCGGAAUGUGGACAAAUCAUGGCAACUAAAGUUCCGAGUGAAAGUGUCGUAGAGGAGGCUCCCAUCGGUCAUUCUGCAGAAGGCAGUGCUGCUUACUUGGGGGUCGAUUUCCCAAGCAACUGCCCAGCCAGGGAGCAUGGCGAACCACUCGGGGCUGAACGUGCUGUACCUGCCGCCAGUACGGGGAGAUCCGACGACGGAGGAGGCCAUACGAUUACGGCAGAAAGGAGAGAGGACCUUAAAACGGCAAGGCAUGUGGAAAACGGCGGCGGAGAUGAAGUGGGGGUGUCUUCUGGAGACAUACUGAGUGUGCGGAGUUGGGCGCGGGCUGAGCAGCAGCUCUCGCACCCAGUCCGCGUUGAUUCUACCGUUAACUCAUUACUCGUGGGGGAGGUUUCGCUGGAAAUGGGAGAGGGGUGGGGUGGUGACUCGGCUGAGGCUAUGAAACGGACGGAGGUGGUGCCGAGUACUAGCAGUGAUGCCGCUGCGCCCAUCGCAGGAAACGAUGAACGGGAGAUCACUGACAGAAGAAAGGCUAACUUCAUGUCCGGACUGACGAUCUCCUGCAGCUCUAUUCAUCUCCCUUCCAUUCUAGAGUCAGAUGAUGAUUCCGCUUCCGUUCUUAUUUUGGAUCUGGACAUCGACAGAUGUACGACGACGUCUGAAGCUGAGCCUGUGAACAUCGAAGCGUUGGGAGAGCUAGGGGGAGGCAUCGAACGGAGAGCGGCGGGGACUGCUGCGAAAGAGAAGGAUGCGGAGGGAAAGAACGGUCGAGAACAGUUGGUAGCUCCGUGCGACAAGAAUCAGUCGGUGGUUCCCCCGAUGGUAAAGCCCUCAGAUGAAGGGAGGGAUGGGAGAUCUGUUAAGGAAACGUCUGCCGACCAGAUGCCAAAUGUGGCUGAUGAUGAUGCUUCUCAGCGCCGUAAACCCUCACCGAUAGCGUUCCAGCUGGAAAACUACAAACACCAGAUAAUUGACGAUGCAGAUCUGGAAGAGUUAAAGGAAUUGGGGUCGGGAACAUUUGGAACAGUCUAUCAUGGGAAGUGGAAGGGUACAGACGUGGCAAUCAAGAGGAUCAAGAUCAGCUGUCUCAACGAGCAGCGUGUGGUGAGCAUGGUUAACAAUGGUGUGCAAGAGCUGAAGAUGUACUGUGUCGGGAGAACAGGUCAUAGAGGUAUGAAUGACGUUAUCGUCCAAGCUUGCCACUCUGUGGGAAUGACCAUCCUAAUCGAGGUGGCCAGGGUUAACGACCGUGUGCAAGAGCUGAAGCGGAAUCUCAAUUCCUGUCAGCAUCUCUCUGAGAUGAUGAUGGAUCGUCGUAAACGUGUCCAGAUUGCACUCGAUGCUGCUUUUGGAAUGGAGUACCUUCAUGCCCGCAAGAUCAUCCACUUUGACUUGAAGUGCGAAAACCUGCUUGUCAACAUGCGUGAUCCUCAAAAGCCUGUGUGCAAGGUUGGAGACUUGGGCCUUUCGAAGCUGAAGCUCCAAACUAUGAUAACAGGCGGAUUGCGUGGGACAUUGCCGUGGAUGGCUCCAGAGUUGCUGGAUGAGCAUGCGAAAGUUGAUGAAAAGGUUGACGUGUUCUCUUUCGGAAUAAUAAUGUGGGAGCUUCUGACUGGGGAGAUUCCGUAUGGGAAUAUGCACUAUGGUGCAGUCAUAGGUGGGAUUGCAAACAACACAUUGCGGCCAGCGAUUCCGGACUGGUGUGAUCCUCCCUGGCGUAAUUUGAUGGAGAGAUGCUGGGCAACAGAUGUUAAAGACCGGCCAACAUCGUCUGAGGUGGUUAAAUGUCUUCGUGAGAUGUUAUGAAGGAGAGUGAUUGAUUUCAGUUUGUCAGUUUCAGGUGCGUAUUGUGUUAAGAGGCUUAUGCCUGCUUCCUCCUGCGGCUGUCCGUCUAAGAUCAAACCUGCCUUGCAGAUGCGAAGGUAGGCAGCAAAAUGCGAAAGUCGGGGGUUGGAGGUCUGGUGUUGCUGUGGUUCAUUCCCAUUCAAGUUUGCCUCCUGGGACAGAUUCGCCUGUUUGGACUGUGGGUGACGACCUUGUCACCUGUGGCUUGACGGCGAUGAGGGGAAGGACCUGUUGAUAUAUGAUGUGUUCUCCCAAUGCAGGCGGUGGUGGAUUCGACCUCCUCCAGGCUUCGCCUUUUGUCUACCAGCCAAGCAGCUCUAUAGUGCAAACUGCACAACAGCAGAGCACGGAAACAAAUCCGGAGUGGGUGUUGGGCUCCCUCCUAAUGUAUAUAUUGUGAGUGCGGACGAAAAGCUAUAUAUAGGGAUGUGUUCCAUCCCCAUGGGAAGUGGAGAAGCAGACGGGAGUAUGGUCAUUACUCGAUCUGCACUCAAGGAUUGGAUUGUUGUCAGAGAUAGGCCUUUCUUGUCUUGCCUUGUUGGAAUUCUCCUCUUGCUGUAUAGGAGAUAGGUCCUUCUUGUCUGUAAUUUGCGAUCUUUGUUGAAAUUCCCUCAUUCUGUAUAGGAUGUGUCUAACAUAUGGUGUUCUUGUGUGCAAUUCCUUCUCUGCUUGUAGGCUGUGUAAAAUAAGGCAUCAGGUCGCUUCAUGGUUAUUUGGUUUAUCAUUGCGGGCUCCUGCUGUGGAGCUCGAUAAGGUGGAUUUAAUGUAGUUGAGGGAGGCAUGAAACAUGUCAUGCUCAGCACUUCUGUUGUUUCUGACCUCAAGUUUGCCGUGCAUGGCCAGAUCUUGCCAGACUGCUGUUGCUGAAAAAGAGAGAUGUAGUUAGUUGGUGGUUUGGUGUGCAGGAAGGGGGGUGGUGGGGGAAUGGUUGGAAGUAGUGGGGUUUUCAACCGUUUUUGUUAUUUCUUGAAGAAUGUCUUACCGUUCACUGUGUUGUUACUUUUGUUAGUUUUUAACUUUUUGUUGUAUUUUGAACUAUUUUAGUAUUUUGCCCUUUCUUUUUCCGAUGGGGUUUGACAUUCAUGUCGCGGGGGACUAAUAAGAAGGCUGCCAAACACUGUACGGUGUAUGAUAUCGAAAGAUCUGUGAAACAUGUGCGGAGGUUUGUCACAGCUGUAUAUGCUUGAUGUGAGCUGCGCGGUGCAGUCAACUGACAUGAAGCCGGGCUUCUUAGGCUUUGGGUACAGUCAAGCCGGACUUCUGCACCACUGGGGGUGGUUAAAGCGGGCGCGUUUUUUUGCCAUUGGUGAUUGGUUUCGGACAUGCGAGGCUUAUAAAGUUAUAUUAACGGAUCAUCAAAAUCCGGCCGACUGAAUCAGGUGAUUUUCCCGGAGUCUUUGUCUCCUUCAUCGAGAUGGCAAGAGGUUUAUGACGCUUCAUGGAAGGACUGAAGUAAGAGUGGAAGCUGAGGAAGGAAAAAGGUGAAGAAACAUUUUGUUAAUGUCAAGGAGCUUGCAGCUUGAAGCAGUGGAUGAUGCGAAGAGCAAUGAGCCAUGUGAGUCUGAUGUCUCACCUGUCAAUUGAGAUGAAGAAGGGAUUUGUUCCAUGGAGUGAAGGAAGAAUGCAUGUACACAUCGCAGCAGAGGAAAAAGGGGAAAAAAAGAAGAGUGGAUGUACAGGAAGGAAAAAGUGAAGGGAGAUUUUGGUAAGAAGGAUGGUGAUUGAAGUAGCGGGUUGUAGCCAUAGGGAGGGCAAGAGCCAUCGGAGGAGAGACGUCCCACGUACUGAUGGCAUGGGAUUGAAAGAGUCGAUGCGAUCAAAAGAGUCGAUCUUGUGUCGAAUGGGAUGAGAAGGGGCUUGUUUCUAUGGACAGAAGGAAGAGCAGGUAUGCGGUGGCGAAAAAGGUGAAGAGAUGUAUUCUGGUAAAGAGGCUGCAGGUGGAAGCAAGCAUUGUAACAAGCCAUAGAAGAGGUAGUUGGGAGAAAGAACAGUGCGACGAGUAUGAAAGGGAGGUAGAAGCAGCAGUGGAAAGUCAGGUGUUGCUUGCUUGCUUGCUUGCUUGCUUGCUUGCUUAUCCAGUACUUCGAGGGGCUUUGGAACCAACCCCCUUCAACAGCAACCGACGCCUUUUACUCUAUAAGUGCAACAGCGGAAGCAGCGUGCUCUGGUGGAAUUGAACCAGGUCACAACAUGUUGAGCACCAUCAGUGUUAAGUUGUGAACACCGUUCCAUUGGAUGCUUGCUCUCCCCUUGUUAACCUGUGUGUUGAAGGUGUCCCAGCUCUUUUGUGUUUGAAGCAGCUCUUUGCUUUCAGUUGGGAAGAAGCAGCUCUGUGCUUUCAGUUGGGGAAGAUUUGGGGCCUUGAGACUGUCUACAUGGCAUGUAAUUCUGUUUUGGAGCGCAGUGCACGGCAGCGUCUUUGUGUUUUCACCAUUGAAUAAAGUCGAUUCUUCGCUGCGGUCGUUUUGCAUGGGAGCCUCAAAGUCUCAGCGUGAGGUUUUUGAUCAUCAUUCGAGGUUAGUGGUAACUUCAGAUUCAACGUCAUGUCUGGUAUUUGUAUGUGCAAUAUUUUUCGUGUUAUUACGUUGUUGACGUCUUUUAUGAUCAAGUUUUAUGUGAGUUUGCGUGCAAUUGGUGCAAUCGAAACGCAGGGACUGUUAGAGUAACCGCCAUCGGGUGGAGGGAUUUAAGCUUCUGUUUCCGUUUGACCUUAUGUACAGAGCUUGAAACGGAGGCUGGGGGGGGGAGGGAGGCUGGGAGGUGUACAGAGUUGACAUAAUAGGAGGAGGAGGUUAUGAUGGGAUGCAGGAUGAUGAUAUUUUUGGGAGGGGUGAACAGGUGGUGUGAGAGAGGCGGCCAAAUGGGAAAAACAGUUUUACAUUUUGUCAUGAGGUAGGCUAGCAGACAUGGAUAGAUAGCCAUUGGAGCGGACCGUGGAGACCUAAUGGGAAGGGUGACCAGAGAUGAAAGAUGGGUAGGCUGCCAGAGACGGGAUGAGGGUAUCUUCGGGAGGUGCAGACAGAAGGGGGCGAAAGUGGUGGCCAAAUGAGAAGGAACAGUCUGCCAUUUUGUCAUGACGUAAGGGUAGAGCUGGGCUGACAGAGAUGGAUAUUGCUAUUGCAGUGGAUGUGGAGAUCGAAAGGGGCAAGUCGAGGAGGUGGGGGGGGGGGGGAAUAAAGGCACAGCCGCACAGGCCCUGUAGCAAAGCUGCCUCCUCGUCCUCCACCUUGCACUACUGUCGUCUCUUUGCCAAUCUUCUGCACUUUCUCGCAUGGAUAUUCAUGCUGUGUGCUUUUUUGACAUUAUAUGGUCUGCAUUGAGUCGGUUGGGGUUGUGUCAGUUGGAUGCUCCUGUCGUAUGCCGUCCUCAACCACCGAAUGUACUUAUCAUUGGUACGCUAGACCCCGAAAUUCUCUCUAUGACUUAGUUGUAAUCCCUGUGUUAGAGUUUAGCUGAGGAGUUAAAUGUAGGAGAGGGAGGUUGCCUGCAAGCUGUUCUGUGACUGGUGUCGACUUUCGCCCAUCUUUGUUCGCAGCAGGCUGUCGUCAACCUGGUCAACCUUCUUUGGUUGUUGAUGUUCUAGAUUACUGACGAUUACGCUUAGCUUGUCGAUUCCCAGAAACGUUCUUUUUGUUAAUUGGAAACUUCUUGAGAAGAGAGAGAACAAAGGGGCAUGUCGGUG